UCACUGCCUUCACUCUUCUUCACUUAGUCAUUCUGUGUCUUUUUAUGGUACAAGCAAACAUGUUUCCACCAACUGUUUUGGGCUCAACCGUUACCAAGGGCUGAGCCGAGAGAAAGGAGAAGGAAGAAGUGAGUGAGUCAGGGAAGAUUAUGGAGGAGGUCUGGGGUCGGGGAUGUGGGCAGCAUAUGAAGAGGAGGAAUGCAGUAGACAGUGGGUAAACAGCGCUGGUAGCUUGAAAACACGCACGCGCACACACACACACACAUGCAGACGUAUUAACGCACACACAUUUCCAAACAGCUCCCGAGGGUUUCAUUGGGAAUUUAGGACAAAACUGUCUGCGCUCUGUGGCUCCUGACCAAACAGCUGUGUCCAUGGCUCCUCUGUGCUCUGUUGUGUUGGUGCUGCUGUGUGUUUUUGACUCAUCAUCGGCCACAUUUGUUGCCAACAUGGACUAUGGAGGUGUUCCUCUGUGGAUUGACCGCCAGCUUGGCGAGCCCAGUGUGUUGAGCCUGCAGGGACGGAUGGACCCACGCUGGUUCAGAGCCAACAACCCCCAGGCCUGCCCGCUACAGUGUGACUGCCCCAUCCAGUGGCCCACUGCGCUCUACUGCGACCACAGAGGCCUGGCAGACGCCCCUGACCGCCUACCGGAGAGAACUCAAUACCUGUUUCUACAGGGCAACAACAUCUCAUCCCUGUCGUCCACUUCUCUGGCCAACAUUACUGAUCUACGCUGGCUCAUCCUGGACCACAACCAGCUGCAGAGCGACAAGCUGGAACAGGCCGCCCUGCAGAACCAGAGCCAGCUGUGCUACCUGUUUGCCAACAACAACCACCUUACAUCAGUGCCCAGCGCUCUACCAGCUGGACUCAAACAGCUGCGUCUGGCCCAUAACCAGAUCAGUAGCAUCAGCCCUGGUGCUUUCCAGAACUUGCACAACUUGACGCUGCUGCUUCUGCAGGGAAACAAGCUGCAGACCAUCACAGAGGGAGACCUCAAGGGUCUGUCCAGUCUGAAUCUGCUGGACCUCAGCGGGAAUUUGUUCUCGUCCGUCCCCAGGCAUUUACCUCCAUCAGUCGUGCAGCUCUACCUGUCCAACAACACUCUCUCCGGGCUGGAUGAGGACAGUUUUGGGGGAUUUCUCAGCCUCAAGUAUCUACGCCUCAGUCACUGUGGUCUGAAUAUCCAGGGCAUCCACCCACAGGUCUUCAACUUCUCCAGUUUGGUGGAACUGGACCUUUCUUAUAACAAACUUAGUACCACUCCCACAGUCCCCAUCACCCUGCAGUACCUCUACCUGGAGGCCAAUCAAAUACAAGGGUUCAACUUGACUAGCUUCUGCAGAGAGGUGGGACCCGUGUCCUACUCCAGGAUGAAGGUAUUACGACUGGACGGAAACAAGAUGACCUACCAGCAACUUCCCCCUGACUGGGUCUACUGUUUGCGAGUGCUUGAAAGGAUUUUCGUCUGACCCCUGCCUCCUGAGCAUGAUCAAAAACAGGAAUGCUGUAUGUGACUGAACAACCUCAUCUUGUGAUCCAAAGUACUAAACGAGACUCAACCUAAGAUCUUUGUUUUGUUAGCUAACUCAUCAUUUGUGCAAGUAAAAGCCUUAAAGCUAGAAACCAGAGACUCUAAUUCAUCAUGUGUUCAAUAUGUAGAUGCACUGCCAGCCAAUGAGGGGAUGCCAAAGCUUGAACUUACCAUUUAUUUUAUGGUGAUGCCGAAGUCCUGAUCAAAACAUUUCUCAUUCCACCAGCGCAUUCCCAGGAGUCUCUCUCACUCUCAUUCCAUCUCCGCGUUCUGCCUUAGCAGGGUUGUACAUCUGUGUGUUAUUACUGAAUAGGAACUGUGACAAACCAUCUCAUUUAUGACUGUACAGAAUAAUAAGCUCUGGUUAGACUGAGCUGUCUUAGGGGGGAACAGAAACACGUAUGAAUGGCAAAAUUCGGUAGCUUUCCCAUGAGAGAAUCUGACUCAGUUAACUGGACUGAGUGAAACAGCCACACCAGUCCGCACAUGGAGCCUGGUGGAACAUGAAACUAUUUAAAGCCUUUUCUGCAAAUCAGUGUUACAUUAAAACUUGAACUGGUAAAUUUUGGUCCAUGAUCCUGAACAUGGUGUUUGGCUUGCAGAUGCAAAAGAAAAAUAAAAUGCAC